AGUUGGAAUAGGUUCAGAGCAACUUCGAACUGCCAUGUCUUCCCUGCCUUUGAGUGUUCUUCUGCUGAUUGCGGUCCAAGUAUGGAUUAGCAGUGCCAUCACUAUCACUAGUUUUUUAACGGUACUGCAGUUAGAUGCAGAUCCCGAAAAUAAGUUUGGUACGACUACACAAUCUUGGGUCCUGGCAUGCCACGAAACAGGUCGAGGAAAUAUUGGGAGAUUAACCACUCGGGCCUGGCCGAUUCUGCAGGUGUUUAUGGUCUUUGACAAGAAGUGCUCAGUGGAAGAGCUCAACGGAUAUCUGGCUUUGGACGAGCAAACCCUAAAGAUGAGAUAUAUUGUAAACGGGAUCGUCAUGGAGAUUUCUCUCUCACAACCACCGACUAACCCCAAUAGCGGUACGAGGGUGGAAGGUAUCAGGCACCUACCAGCAAACGAGUGGAGACUACUCAAGAAAGAAGAAACUGAAAACAAAUUUGUAGGACAAAGAGGUCCAAUUCGAAGAGGGUCCGCUUCUGGGAGGAAUACUAGGAGUAGAGGAGGAUACCCCUACUCUCGUUCCCAAGCUUAA